AUGACUUCAUCAGAAACGUCAGGAAAGAAGCAAAAAUUCUGGCUCUACGCGUUUCGCGACCACCUUGCGGGUAUCCAAGCUUUUCCGAACUGUGUUGAUGUCGCCGAUAUCUACGGUGAUGGCGACUACAAACUGAUUGUUGCGGACGGUAGUCGGCGAAUUAAGAUGUUUAGCGGUACAUCACUGGCAAUGCAGCUGCGGUUGCUCUCUGUUCCAUCUGCAUUGACUACAUUCUACGCCGAAAGGAGUGAUGCUGUGGAGCGCCCAGUUGUGGCUGUUGCUUGUGGACCCUACAUCUUUAUGUAUCGGAAUAUGAAACCCCUGUACCGGUUUACAGUUCCUGUAGUAGAGUUGGAUGACGUGGAUGUAGCUGUGUGGGAUGCUCUUCGCAACGGCACUCUUCCCCUCACCGAGGCAACGGAUAUGUUAGAGGAGCGGCGCAAAAACGGUGUGGAGCUGUCGGCGCGUUCUACAGACCUUCUGGCUUCUGACAACUUGCAAGAGCGAGAGCGAUUUGUAGAACGGACCAAGAAUGAACCUCUUCGACAAAUGACAGUUGUGGCGUGCAUGGGUUCUCUAUGGGUGGAUCCCGGGGAGAAUGGUCGCAGCUGUUUGGUUUUCGGCACAGAAGACCGCUAUAUCUAUGUGCUGAAGAACUCUGCAAUGGAGGUGCAGUUUAAAGUAAAGUUUCCCAGUGUCCCUGUUCAGAUAUUAACAGCGGGAGCAUUACGGGUUCAAUACCGCAUUGUUGUUGCGUGCCGAGACGGAUGCGUCUACUCCAUAAAGAAUGGGGAUUUAUCAGGCUCGGUUAUUUUUCCAGAUGGAGAGAUAGUGCAGAUUGCACGGUACGAUAACCUUGUGGCUGUAGCAACAACGCGGAAUACGUUGUCAUAUUUUAAUUUGAAGGGCAAACGGCAGUCGUGUAUUUUCCUCCCCCUUCCGGUAACAAACAUCGUCACUAUUGUGGAGAGCGCAUCCACAAAAGCCCGCGGCAUUGUUGUAGCACUCAGCAAUGGGGCAAUCCGCGUGUAUGUAGGCAAGUCGCUGCUCCACGAGAGCCAGGCAUACGGCUCGGUGACCGCUAUGCACUACGGCCGUUAUGGGCGCGAAGAUGCGGCACUUAUUCUCCUUUUGCAGAACGGUUCCUUAGUGGUGGAGAUGCUCCAUCGCCAUGCAUCCUUUGAGUGCGAAACGGAAGGCGAGGUUGGCCCAUCUGCAGAGCAAGAUGUGCCCAUCCCUGUUCCGCCACUUACGAGCGUCUUUGUGGCGCAAGCAGAACGUGAGCGUACAUACAGUGUAGACAUGCACCAGUCGUUUCAGCGCGAUCUCUGUCGUCUGCGCCUCAAAACUGCAAAGUCGUACCUGGGGUUACUUUCUGGUGGUGGUGGUGGUGGUGGUGGUAGUGGUGGUGAGACAUCAGGAGUAGGUGGGUUGCCUAGUUACCGAUCAGACAGCUCUCUUCGCAUGCUCACCGCUGUGCAAGGCCUUGGUCCUGUUUUCAAGAUUCAAAUCACCCUCCAGAAUGUGACCCAGAAACCAAUGCAUGAUUUAACGAUUAUUCUGCGUUACCCCGCAGCCUCCUGCAAGGUGUCGAAGUCCAUUAUGGAUGUGCCAUUUCUGUUGCCCUCCCUUCUUUCUUCCUAUGAGCUACUUGUAGAGCGUGUGGGUGAAGAGGUGAUGAGUGACGGUGUGCAUGUAUGCGUCAGCAGCCUUGCCAAUCCCGUGCCUCUGGUAGCCGCUAUUGUAGAGUUACCGGAUACAGGGAUGAUGGAAGAAGGUGUUUGA